AUGGCGAAUGCGAGUUGCGGCCGCCUCCAUCUUGAUGAUCGGAUCCUCGGCCCGAUCAGACCGCUCGACCCGAUUUGCAUUAUGGUACGAUGUAGGGCGAGGCACGCCACCACCGCCGCCCGGUCCGGGGCCCGCAGCGGCCGCAGCUGCCGCCGCCAUUUGGGUCGAGGGCAAUUAGGCCUGCCGCUCCCGCGUCAUGGGGCACUCGUGAUAAAGACGCGUGAUUGGGACAGAGUCAGCGGCUCUGUCCAGGUCGAAGUGGUCCCUCCACUGUCGCCGGCGCUCCUUCGACCUUGCCAUGCAUUGCCGUGCCGAGGGCAUGUCGAAUGGUGCAUCGCCGGCGGAAGCGCGCGCGAACUGCCCACUGCCCAGCUCGCUGAACCCACGCCCGUUUUGGCAAUCGCACGCCAGGCACAACUCGGCGCUAAGAUCGCGGCAGACGAGCACUGCCCGCUCUGA